AUGGUGUACGGAGUAGAAAAUCACGGUUUACCGCCAUAUCAAACAUCAACUGCCAAUUGCAUUCAACGUGAAAGCUUUAAUGCAUUAUCAUGUGAAAACUUUAACAGUGCCAAUAUUCCUGUUCAAUCUCAAAUUCCUAAUGCGACUCAAAAUGGCCGUAAACGCGGCUCCAUUGUGGCAUCAGGUGGAUGUAAUAUGGAUUUAACUGGUCUAUCUAGAGAAGAAAGGAGAAGAAGACGUCGAGCGACAGCAAAAUAUCGUACGGCACAUGCAACUCGUGAAAGAAUUCGCGUUGAAGCUUUUAAUGUUGCUUUUUCUGAACUUCGAAAGCUUCUUCCAACACUUCCACCGGACAAGAAACUCUCAAAAAUUGAAAUCUUGAAACUCGCCAUUUGCUACAUUUCAUAUUUAAAUCAUGUUCUUGAAGCUCCAUGACCCGAAAUUAACUGUUAAGUUCUUUUUAUGUUUUACUUAUUUUUUAUUUCUAUUGACAUUCAAGGAGAAAUGUUGAAAAGUUUUCGAGUGGGAAGAGAAUGAAAAUCGUCACAUCUGCUCCAUUCGAAUUUCAAAUGAAAAUAUUAUCAAGAAGAUGAAAAUGCAC